CAGUUUCACAUGUCUGCUGAUGUGCCGGGUUGGGGUGUUUUUUGAUUUCGUAACCCAACAUUGUGUGGUCUUUGUAUUGUAAUACUUCUGUGUAUGUUAACGCGUCUCUACUGUGAUACACAGGACGUUUAAGGUCAACUUACCGCUAACUAACCUCAUUCAAGCCGGUGGAUAACGAAUCAAGACGAAGCUUUAACCAGCUAUACCACCGCAUUACCUGGCUAACAGGAGCUAACGUCAGCUAGCUGAUCUGUGCUGCUGAGCAGGCUCUGAGAAUGGGUGAAGAAAUCAACGAUAACCUUCUAAACACAGGCAGCGAGCCUGAUAAUAACACCACCGAGGUGAAGGAGGAGGAGGUCUGCGAAACUGUAGAAGGUGGUGUCAAAUAUUACACAUUAGAAGACAUACGAAUACAUAACCUGAGCAACGAUACAUGGCUCAUCAUACACGACAAAGUAUACGACAUCACAACUUUCCUAGAAGAGCACCCUGGAGGGGAGGAGGUUUUGUUGGAGCAGGCGGGUUCAGAUGCCACAGAGAGUUUCGAGGAUGUAGGUCAUUCCACGGAUGCCAGAGAGAUGCUGGAGCAAUACUUCCUCGGGGAGGUUCACAUGGAUGACAGACAGAAGAAGGAGGAAAAGGAUUCUCAAAACUCAGAUUCAGGAGAGUCCAGCACUUCCUGGUCCACAUGGUUGGUACCAGCUAUCCUCGCCACUGUUGUCGGCGUCAUAUAUCGCUUCUACACGUUGGAACACAAGUCCUCCUGAGUGCUGGCAUCCGGUUGUCGUCUCAUUCUUUUCAUCUGGAGGCCUUGAAAUGUUUGACCAAAACCUCCUGACACUUAAGGCACACAGGAGUGCGUCCUCUGCAGUGAGAGACGGAGGGGAGCAGUUUGAUAAAGUGCUUUUGUCUAUGUCCGUCUACAUAAGGUGCAUCAAAUAGACAGUCAGGCAGAGACUUUAUUAAAUUGUCUGCCUUCAGUUUUCUUGUGUUUCACUAUGCCUGUUGUUAUGAUAAUGUUCUUUAACUUAAACUUUCAUAUGCAUUUGACCCAGUUUGGUCUCUGUUUGUUCAUAACCUGUCUUCGUCCAUAGAGAGAGUUUUUAUUAUUAUCCUGAUAGGCAUUCACCAUUCUUCAACAGAUAUUACACUAUGGACAAAAUUGAAACAUUGAAGGAGAAGUCAGUAUGCAAGUGGUCAUGGAAUCAUGUAAUAGUAAACAGUGAAAAGUACUUUAACACUGAAAAUAAAACAAGUUAGUUUGAAUAAAGAGAAACUUUACUGCUGCCUAAAUCUGAAUAAGAAUCAUGACCCUUCCUGCACUCCUUACUGCACAGUUCCUGUGUUCGCUUGAUUAAAUGUGUAAUUUUGU